GACCUAUACCAGUAGAAGUAUUUUGUGAAAUGAAGAAUCUGCGGGAGCUCAAUCUUAGAGAAAAUCAGUUUAUAGGCCACCUUCCUCUUUGUUUAGGUGGUUUGAAGAAGCUACGAGUUCUCGACCUAUCAUCCAACCAAUUCAGCGGAAAUAUACCAUCUAGCUUCAUCAGCCUUGAGUCCCUCGAAUAUAUUUCAUUGUCAGAAAACAACUUCACAGGCGUAUUCUCUCUCAACCCACUAACCAACCUCACAAACCUCAAGGUGUUAAAACUUUCAACAACCUCUGAUAUGUUACAAGUAGAGUCAGAGAGUACUUGGCAGCCAAAAUUUCAACUCAGUGUUGCUGUACUAAGAUCUUGCAGCUUGAAGAGCAUCCCUUCCUUUUUUGUGAACCAGAAAAACUUGCGUCUAGUUGAUCUAUCCAGCAACAAAUUAUCCGGAAACGUUCCUACUUGGCUGCUGGAGAAUAAUACACAACUUGAAGUCUUAAUGCUACAGAAUAAUUCAUUCACUAUCUUUCAGAUGCCUACUACAAUAUUGCAUAGUUUGCAAUUACUGGAUUUUUCAACUAAUGAUAUUGGUGGGUUGUUACCUGAUAACAUUGGUCGUCUGCUUCCGCAUCUUGUACAUAUGAAUGGCUCUAAUAAUGGAUUUCAAGGGAAUUUUCCAUCGUCAAUUGGUGAGAUGAAGAACAUUUCAUUUCUUGACCUCUCUUAUAAUAACUUCUCCGGGAAAUUACCUAUAAGCUUUUUCACCGGCUGUUUUUCACUGAAAUACCUGAAGCUCUCUCACAACAGAUUCAGUGGCAAUGUCCUUCCUACAGGAACAAACUUUACUUCAUUGGAUGUGUUGAGAAUGGAUAACAACUUAUUUACAGGGGAGAUGGGAGUUGGUUUGCUUAGCUCCAACACUACAUUGUCAAUUCUUGACAUGUCCAACAAUCUUCUCACAGGUGCAAUUCCGAGUUGGAUAUCUAAUUUAUCUAAUUUGGAAUUCUUAUUGUUAUCAGAUAAUUAUUUCCAAGGCGCAGUACCACCUUCUUUGGGGAACAUGUCCUCACUUUCUUUUUUGGACCUCUCUAGAAACCUAUUUUAUGGAGCCAUACCUUCAUACAUUGGUCAUUACGUGAGGUAUCUGUUCCUACAAGACAACAACUUCACAGGACCAAUUCCAAAUACAUUGUUGGAACGUCGUGUACAAAUACUUGAUCUGCGGAACAAUAAACUCUCUGGUAGUAUCCCUGCGUUUGUCAGAACCGACUUGGAGGAUCCUCCACAACUAAGUAUUCUUUUGUUGAGGGGAAACAGUUUAAUAGGACCGAUUCCAAGGCAGCUGUGUGAUGUGAGAAUUAUUAGAAUUUUAGAUCUUUCACAUAACAAGUUCAAUGGUUCCAUACCAUCAUGCCUUUACAACUUAUCAUUUGAUCUUGGAGUUGCGGAAGAGGAUACAAAUAUCUACGUUGGGAGAGGUUAUAAUCCCACAAGCGUUCAGUUUGAAUAUUACAAAUCUACAUUUGUGGUGGAGAAGCUAGUAGUAGACUACACUAGCUAUCAUGAAAUUGCUAUAAAUUUUGCGACAAAACAAAGGUAUGAUUCUUAUACUGGUGGAACUGAGUUUAGUGGAGGUAUACUUGGUUAUAUGUAUGGAAUGGAUCUGUCAAGCAAUGAGUUAAGUGGUGGUAUCCCAGAAGAGCUUGGAGAUCUCUCGAGAGUGCGAGCACUUAACCUAUCACACAAUCUUUUGUCGGGUUCUAUACCAUCUAGCUUCUUUAAUCUGAAGGAUAUUGAGAGCCUUGAUCUUUCCUACAACAAGUUACAUGGCAGCCUUCCUCAAGAGUUGACCAGUCUUAUUUCUCUUGCUGUGUUUGAUGUGUCUUACAACAAUUUAUCAGGAAGGGUUCCCCAAGGAAGGCAGUUUAAUACCUUUGACAAGAACAGCUACAUAGGCAAUCCUCUUCUUUGUGGAUUACCAACCAAUAUAAGUUGUGAGGCCACUAAGGAAGAAGAUAAUGGAAGGGAGGAAGAGGACGACGAAGUUGUUAUUGACAUGUUGGUCUUCUAUUAUAGUACUGGUUCAACUUAUUUGACAGCUUUGAUAUGCAUUAUUCUACUUAUGUGCUUUGAUUGUCCUUGGCGUCGAUCAUUGCUACGCCUUAUUGAUGCUUUCAUCGCUUCAGUAAAAACUAUGUUUCCUUAAAAUCAUUAUGUGGAAUCUUAUCGCAGUACAUGUUUUCUAGUGCUUCAGCCUCAAGUAAUUCCUCCACUAAUUAUAGUUAAACUUCUU